AGGUAAUAGACUGUGGGCGACCAAAUUCAUUAUCUUAAGCAACGGAAUUUAUCUUUGUCCUGCGAUCUGAGUCUAGCAACUCCAGCAGCUCGCAAGAAGAGAGCUACACUUCAGUCAACCAUCAACACAACAUAGUAUGGAGCGUCUUCUCCCAAAUCUAUCCACACUGAAAACCUUCAAAACAACUAGAGACAUCCUCAUAUUAAGUCGACGCCUUAGCUGGUACCAUCCGCGAUCAACUGUUCGAUUCAUCGCCACGAAAGGUUCCCAGCAUAGUUCCAGCAAUAACAAACCACUGCAUUCAUCAGUCGGGAUGCCUUUGAACGUCUUGAUUAUAGGUGCCGGUGUUGCUGGUCCGGCCCUUGCAAUAUUUCUACAAAAAUCCGAUCCCAAUCACAAGGUCACCGUCAUAGAGCGUUUUCCCUCGCUACGUGUGGCAGGUCAGCAAAUUGAUAUCAAGAACCAAGGUGUCGAUGUCCUAAAGAAGAUGGGGAUCUUCGAUGCAAUCAAAAAAGCGUGUGUUGACGAAACCGGUCUUGAGGUCAUUGAUUCGAGCGGACGACGGAAAGCGCUUGUAGGCAUCAACCCUACUGGCCAAAGCCGUCGCACUUUGACAUCCGAG